CAGAUCAUUUUUGUGUUCGAUCUGAUGAGCGUGGUGAACGUGGCCGAAGAGGUCGUGGGUGGCGUGCUGCAGGCCGCAGAGCAGCUACAAGGCGCUGUCAUAGCCGCUGAGACCGGCUGCAUCGAGAGCUUGCGUUGGGCUGGAGCUAUGCCGCUGCUACUGCGCGAUUUAGGCGUGCAGAACGUGCUUUGUGCCUCGGAUCUACUCAAUUGUGCGUCUCCCCAAGAAUUACGACACCUGCUGCUGCUAGAGGAGAACGAGAAUGUUUGUCACGUAGCGUUGCUACUUUCGGGCUUCCUAUGGGACUAUGAGGCUGCACUAAAGCGGCUACUAGCGCUAGGCGUCGUACACCGACUCACAGUCUGCAGCAGCUUGUCGGAGAGGGCGCACGAGUGCUACGACUUCAGUAAAUUAGGUGGAGACGCCGCACUAGCCGCCACAGGCGCCAGAGCUACUAAAGUCAUGAAAUUCGAGGAGUUUACAACGGAAAUUAGCAAGAACGUGACGUUCCCAGUGGGAAACAGGGCAAAAUCGACCGCGCAACAAUCAGGAGAAGACGAGGACUGGGACUGGAAUGAUGCUGGCACCAAGACGGCCAAUCACGAGACCGCAGAUGUCCAGAACGGCGUGCAAGUCGUUCAUCUGCCGCUCAGCGUGGUGCCACUCCUGUCGACCAAGACCUUUAGUCCAGAGCCGUCGCUGUUUGUGCUCUCUCGCCCGACCUGUGCGUCGGCGUUCCCGUUGCUGCUGCACCAGGUGGAAGCUAACAGCACGGCGUCGCCUGCGUCGCCUACGGGACGUGGUGGACCAGGAUUUAGCUCAGUGGAUGGAGGGAAGAGGUACAAACACGUGAAAGACGUGCUGCCUGAGCAUAUUCCGAGUGCGUUUAGACGCUCUAUGAGACUGUUGGCGUACACACUAGCGGAGAUGCUGCUUGGAGCGCAACUGGAUGUGAAGGAGCGUAUAUUUGCAGUGGGAGCGACGUCACUGAAGAUUGGACACACUUUACUUCGGAUUUUGAACGAGUUACAAGAAGAUACAACCCCUCAAAUGUUGCAAGGACAACAGACGGCCUCUAUGGUCAUCAUCGAUCGGACGGCUGACUUGGCCUCGCCGUGCUCGUUCGGGAGCUCUCUCCUUGAUCGAAUUCUGGCCCUUUUACCCCAGACACCAACACAUACUACAAGUGGAGAGGAUACGGCUCAAGACAGCGCUACAAAACGACCGAAUGUGACGGAGAUUUUCCCGCUUCAUGGAUGCGAGCCGACGCCAUUGACAAUUGCUGCGGCGUUUGAUGCGUCUGGCUACAAACCGUCGGAGUUUGUUGCCCAAAUCCAGUGGAAAGGAGGCGCGAGUUUGUGCCAUCCGACGAUUCCUAGCGGCUCGAAUGUGUUUCGAUCUUUAGCCUUUCGACCAGCCAAGUUGGCGCUCCGAGAUCUCGAUAAGCGGCUCCAAGCGGUGGAACAAACGUUACUGCAACAGGGGAAGCUUGAGACUGCCGCAGUAACGCGUAGACCAGGAGAGAAAGUGCGUGGCCGUGACGUUGUUCUGCGUCGUAUCAGCAAGAUUCUCGAGGCUGGAGAGCCUACUAAUCUGGAGCACAGCUCACUAGUUGAGCUCGGUGUGAUCGUAUUGGAAGCGUUGGAGAGAAUGGACCAAUCGCAGAGCCUAUGGGACAAAUGUCAUGAGCGCGCAGUGCGUCAACUGGAGCUGUGCAAACAAGGAGGAGCCGAGUGGAUUCUACCUGAGAUGGCUGACAUUAUGCAGCGCCAAGUGUCCGCGAUGCAGUCCAAGACAGCGGGAGAUAGCGAGGAAUUCUCUCCUCUACAGGAUUUACUGACGCUAUUGGCGAAUGCGUUCGCGCUCUCGGCUGGCACACCGGUGGAAGAUUUCACCAUCCAGAUGGUUCGGAAAGCUCUUGUGGACAGCGUUGUGCAGGCGGUACAAACGACUCCAUUGUCGGUGCAAGCGGCACUUCCGGAGCUAUUUACGCAGCUAUCUCCACUCAUCAGGACAAGUGGGGCACCAGCUGGACACUUUACUGAGCAUGACACUGAAGGUGAUAAUUGGGAUUGGAAUGAUGGCAGUUCCCCAACUCCAUCGAGAGAAGCCUCUGAUAGUGGCAGUGGCAUUCAACUGACUGAAGCGAAGGCGGUUAUCGAAACCUACGUGGACAGCUUGAUGGAUCCUUUGAAGGAUUGCCAGCAGCAGUUUGUGAAGGUUAGCGAUACAGCAGCAGCGAAGGAAUCCCCGCGUUCGUUGCUUGCACAGCUCUGUAGCUCGAUUGUGGACCCAUCGUCAGCAGCGAUUCCAGAGAUGCAACACGUUGUUGAUGCGUCCGAACAGCUGACACGAGCAGGUAUUGACCUCCUGAAGAGUGGCUUCAGUAAGUUUGGAUUCGGCGGUAGCGGCGGUGGCCAACGCGGAACCACAAGCAGUCGGCUGCUGGGAGAUGCGAACGUCCUUGUUGUAUUUGUAGUGGGCGGUGUCACGUUUGAAGAGAUCCAAGAAGUGCACGAUGUGUUGAGCGACAACACCAAGUAUCAACUCAUCCUCGGAGGAACGACGAUCACUAACAACCAAGUGAUUUUGAACAAGCUGUUUACGGUUUAA